GAGGGUUAUUUUGCAGUGAGUAACUUCACCAAAGACAGCAUAUGGGGAACAUGUCCAAGGAAGGGACAGAAAAGUGGACACUGUAUUAAGGGACUAUCAGUCAUCUUCUGUGUCUCUGUGCCUAGCAACACCCAGUAUGCUGAGCUGGAAAAGUUCGAUCUCAUUACUCAUUUUUAGGAAUCUGUUUUAGGAGCUAAAGCUAGUGAAUCCCUCGCAAUAUCGCUUUGAGCACCUGGUGACACAGAUGAAGUGGCGACUACAGGAAGGCCGUGGUGAGGCCGUCUAUCAGAUCGGCGUGGAGGACAAUGGGCUGCUGGUGGGCCUUUCGGAGGAGGAGAUGCGUGCCUCACUCAAGACACUGCGCCGUAUGGCAGAGAAGGUUGGGGCUGACAUUACGGUGCUGCGGGAGAGGGAAGUCGAUUACGACAGCGACGUUCCAAGGAAGAUAACAGAGGUGCUUGUCCGAAAGGUGCCUGACAACCAGCAGUUUUUAGACCUGCGAGUAGCCGUGCUGGGGAAUGUGGACUCAGGGAAGUCAACCCUGUUGGGUGUCCUAACGCAAGGAGAGCUGGACAAUGGGCGGGGAAGAGCACGCCUCAACCUCUUCCGGCAUCUCCAUGAAAUCCAGUCAGGAAGAACGUCGAGCAUCAGCUUUGAGAUCCUUGGCUUCAACAGCAAAGGAGAGGUGGUAAAUUACAGCGAUUCCCGAACAGCAGAAGAGAUCUGUGAGAGUUCUUCCAAAAUGAUCACUUUCAUUGACCUGGCUGGCCACCAUAAGUAUCUGAAAACAACCAUCUUUGGCCUCACCAGCUACUGCCCAGACUUUGCUAUGCUGGUGGUUAGUGCCAACACUGGCAUUGCUGGCACAACACGAGAGCACUUGGGCUUGGCCAUGGCCCUCAAGGUCCCCUUCUUCAUUGUCAUCAGCAAAGUUGACUUGUGUUCGAAAGCCACCGUGGAACGGACAGUGAAGCAGCUGGAGCGAAUCCUGAAGCAGCCAGGCUGCAACAAGCUCCCCCUGCUUGUGAACUCAGAUGAUGAUGCUGUUACAGCAGCACAGCAGUUUGCACAGUCUCCCAACAUCACCCCGAUCUUCACACUGUCCAGUGUUUCUGGGGAGAACCUGGAUCUCUUAAAAGUCUUCCUCAACAUCCUCCCUCCGCUGACCAACAGUAAAGAGCAGGAAGAACUAAUGCAGCAACUCACAGAGUUUCAGGUCGAUGAAAUUUAUACUGUGCCAGAGGUGGGGACUGUUGUGGGAGGAACUCUGUCAAGUGGGAUCUGCCGAGAAGGGGAGAACCUGGUGGUUGGUCCCACUGAUGACGGGAAGUUUCUCCGGCUGAAAGUGUGCAGUAUCCAACGCAACCGCUCCGCCUGCCGUGUACUGCGGGCUGGGCAGGCAGCCACGCUGGCCCUCGGACCCUUUGACCGCUCCCUGCUGCGCAAGGGCAUGGUCAUGGUGAGCCCAGAAAUGAACCCCACCAUCUGCUCAGUGUUUGAAGCUGAGAUCGUGCUGUUGUUCCAUGCCACAACUUUCCGGAAGGGGUUUCAGGUGACGGUGCACGUGGGGAAUGUGCGACAGACUGCUAUCGUAGAGAAGAUCCAUGGAAAGGACAAGCUGCGGACAGGAGAGAAGGCAGUCGUCCGUUUCAGGUUCAUCAAGCAUCCUGAAUACUUGAAAAUUGGAGCCAAGCUGCUUUUCCGUGAAGGAGUCACAAAAGGCAUUGGGCAUGUCACUGACCUCCAAGCCAUCACCACCAAAGAAAAUGGUGUGGAGGAGUCCUUGGGGCCUGGACAGCUGAGCUUCUGACUACCACUAGGUCAGAGAGAUCUCCACUCACCAACACCCAGGGAGAAGGAUGGAAGCUCCCGUGGCUCUCCGAGUGAUGCCUGGAACUGCUGCUGUCCCGUUCUAGCAUGGCCAUCCCUUCUCCGCACUGUGAGAUGGAGCCUGGGAGAGUUUCUUGCAUUCAGUGCCGUACAUGGGGCAAGUUAAGCAUGUUCUGAACAUGGCCUGCAGCUUUCGUUACCCUGCCCUCCUUCAGAAUAGAUCAGAGGCACCUGCAGACCUGGGCAGGCAAGUUCUGGCUUUGUUUACUGUUUGAAAAUUACUGGUUGGGAGGAGCAGAACCCUUGAAGACUAGCAGUGAAGGGAUGUUUUUCCAUCUCUGACACAAGAUCUGGUCCCAUUGCUGCUCUCUGAGCACUGGGUUGGUAACAAUCGUCUUUUGCAGCUGCAUCCUGCAGCACAGCCUUCUGCACAGGGGAUGGAAGAGGCCCUGCUACCCACAGCAGGGGCUUGGUUGAACCUCUCAGAGAGCAUUCAGGACACUUUUUAACCAUUUUAAUCUUGGUUGGCUUUAAUCUGCUGUGUGUCCAUUUGUGUGUUGGUUUUGCAUUACUCCAAUCUGAGUGUCUUACUGUUGGACAAAUGUCCUGUUCCCCACUCGCAUGUACACACUCCUUCAGCAUCCUGCUUUCUGACUCCUGGGAAGCUGUGGCUGCUCCAGGUGGUGCAGCCUCCCGAUGUAACGUCGUGAAGGCAGAGUUUGUACUUGCAUCUGCUCCUUGCAGCGGCUGGGCAGGAGGCCGUUCUGUGGAGCAGAGCGGGGCCUGGGCCUGUGCUGGCACGUGCAGGUCGUUUCCGUGGAUGUUGGGCUAACAGUGUCAUCUGCACGUUGGCAGCAGUGGUUUGCAGUGGGCUCCCUGGUGUGGCUGUUUCAGGUCUCAGCCCAGCUUGCUCCUCACACGCUUGCCUUAAUGUGUGAGGAGGACAGGCUGUGUUACUAACACCAAACCAGGCGAUUUCUGUUAUUUAGAUGUGAUUUGACAGUGGCGUGAUUUUAUUUCUAUUUCUCCCGGAGGAAGAAUUCUUUUCUUUCCCUUGCCACUGGGGUUUGUUGUCAGAGGAAAGCUGAUGUUUUCAGCAAGGACUCUGUGCAUAAAGAGUGGAGCAUGUUUGUCUCUCACUCGCUGUCGUGCAGCUCCCCUGUGUAGCCUGGAGGAUGCAGGGGCUGUAUAGCUGUACAUAGACUUUUUGGUUUUAUUGUUGACUGUUAGACCAAAUGUGUCUGCUGUGAGCAACAGGCCUUCAGCCAGCCCUGUCACAUGGCGUGGGUGGCCUGCCAGCCCUGACCGAAGAGAAGGGCGAGGGCCUGUGAUAGCACUUGGACACCCAAACAGCCCUUCUACCAUCCUGAGAGCAAGUUCUGCUUCUGGGCUGCUGGCACAGGUAGUGCCUGCGGGGCUGAGCGGCCCGUGCUGGUUCGUGGAUGUCUCAAAGCAGCGCUCUCCACUGGGCUGGGCUCUAGCCGGUGGGGAGGUGGUGGCUGCACCCUGCGAAGAGCAUGCUGAGGCGUGGGGAAGCUGGUGAAAUGGUGGCAUCGAUGAAGGGGUUCAGAGGCAGCUCAGUAGUGACAGGAGUGACCCGUCCCUUGGAGGGAGCACUGACCCAAGCAAAAAUCUGCUUCUUCCCUGUCAGCCCAGCAAUGAGACAGCAGCUGCUGGCUCAGGGUCGCUGCUCGAGCAGGAUCCCUCUUUCUUCCCAUCCUGGCAGUGGUCUGGGUGUUACGGUGACACUUUCACCCAUGCCUGCAAGGACAGACCCAGCUGCCAUCAGGCUCUUCCCUUUUAGUGCUGGUGGGUCACAAAGAAAGCUGCCUGCGGGGUAGGGGGGGACUCCAGCUGUUUGCAGCGGCCCUGGUGUUUUCUGCCCCAAAGCGGGCAUGGGGUGCUGUGACCUUCUCUGAAAUAGCUGAUGGCUGGUCUCACCUCAUCCCUGCCAUCUGUGGCAUGACUGUUCUUGGUGCCAUGCUCUUCAUAAUUGCUGUUUUGUUGUCUUGAAUUUUUCUAAUGCUGGGGGUUGUCCCUAUUCCCCAAGCAUCUAUAUAUAAAUGUACAGAAUAAAGAUGUUUUAUUGAGAUUGCUGGCUAAGUUGUACAAUGAGCAAGGGUAGAGCUGGGCUCUUGCCCUGCUGCCCUUGGAGCUGGGUCAUGGUUGGAGGCGGCUGCCCUUCACCUCUUCCUAAGCUUCCGGCAUUCAGCCCUAUAAAUACCGUCCUGUGGCAUGGAAGGAAUGCACGCGUGCUGCUGUUUACAACCAUGCUCUCCUGGCUUAUCUGAGCAAGCCUGGGUGUGCAGCCUGGGGUGACAGGCAGCCACGUCACCCUGAGUACAGCACUUUGGGCUGUUGUGGGCGGAACAGGUUGUGGAGCGUGCUUCCUCACAGCCACAAAUUCCCCCGGAGCCUAAUUAAAGAGAUGCUUUCUAGGGCACACAUCUAACCGGUAGUUUGUUUUUAAAAAUAGCUUCAACCUUAUCAAGGGCUUUGUGACUGCCUUCUCUCCAUAAGAACAGGUCGUUCUCUUGGGGCAAGCAGAGGCAGAAAGGCUUCCCUGUGGAGGUGACUUGUGUCACUGAAGGGAUUUGCCUGUUCUAAACUUGAUUUUGUGUCAGGUAGUGGCAUCUGCUGAGUCCGGUCCCACCAGACACUUAGGAAAUGAGACGUGCCGCUGUCACAGGAGCAUGAGGCAACCCCUGCCAGACUGGUUUCUACUUCCCUUUAUGUGACAACUUUGGGAAACUUGUCACUUUGCAACGUGAGGACUGUCAUUAAUGGGAGUCACUCUGUAAUUCCUUCUUCUGCUGAUUACCAGCAGAGCUGCACGCACCAGAAUGACCUUCUUGUGCUUCCUGAAGUCUCGCAACUGUGUUGUGAAGUAUUAGACCCCCACCGUCAGCAGUGUAGCAGCUUCCCAGCAUAGGCUGUCUGCUGGAAGGAGAGCAGCUCCAUGGCUGCAAGUAGGCAAGUAGGAUAGUGCAGUUCAGAAAUGAAGAGGAAAUAGCACAUGCAAAUACAGCUGGACUUUGCAUCAUUAUCGGCUGCCUGAAAGGCUCUCUCCCUGCUCAGGGAGGGGAAGCCUGCAGCUGAUGAAACUCUCUGCAAAGUGUGUUUCUAAACCCCACCCAGUGCUGCCUUGACGUGGCAUGUUCCUCCUGCCCUAAGAGCUGAGUUCAAAUUAUUGGCAGCAGCACUUUCUGAAGAGGCUGGCAAACUCCAGGCAGCUAGCGGUGUAGCACAGAGCUGAGCCCUGCUGGGCAGCUGAGGGCAAGCACAUCUCUGGCCCUGGAGCCAGUCUCACCCUCUUUUAGUGUCUGCUUGUGUGUGUGUGUGUCCCCGCCCAAUAUUGUGCUUUGUUGGCUGUUGUAAUUUGUGGAGUGCUGGGGCAGGCAGCCACUCUUGAUGUGAACUGUGGCCCAGAGAGUUGAACAAGUCAUUUGGCAGAGCACGAUCGAAACAGAUACCUGUCAUCAAGUUGUAUGUAGUAUCACCCAAGGUCUGGGAAGGAGGAAAAAUGUGGUUAUACACUCUUUUGCCAAUGGAGGAAAGCCUUCACAGAGAGGGCUGAGUGACUCUGGCCUAUUUCCCAUCCCUUCCGUGAGGACUCCAGCAGUAGACUGUUUAUGUGUCAAUAGCAAUUAUCAGGAACUGGUGCCAAGAUUUCAGAAAGCAUGCCCAUGCAACUCCAGCUUCCUCAAAUCUUAUUUGACAGGAGCGGUCUUUCUUGUGUGCUCCAGAGCUGGGGAUAAGCAUCACACAAUGGACUGCUGCACAGAGGGAAUUGCCAAACUUGUCUGUAACAAAAAUCCUGAUGCGGGAGGAAUAAAAAAUCAGUGUCUUCCAGGUGGAAAGGGAGAUGGAACCACAGGGCUAAGCUACCAUACACAAGUUAUACAGACAGGGCAAGAACCACUAUGAGGUGAAGGCUUCAUACUAAGUGACAGGAUAGGGGUUCAAGCCUAGACUUGGCUGGAGAUUCCCUGGGAUAAGCCGCUGUGCUUACAGUGCCUGCUUUUACAGUAGGAACAGAAUUCCUGAGCAGUAAUGCUAUGGAAAUACCCAGGGCAGGAGGUGUAGGUGAGAAUAUGAUACAGCUUCUGAUAGCACCAAGCAGGCAGAGGCAAGCUAGCUGCCACCAGCUUAAGCUGGGUAUGUCCAGCAUCAUCCACAGUUCCUAAGUUCCCGUUCCUCUUAGACUUGGGGUAGAGAUAAUUUAUUAGACUUUUCUGCAUUAAAACCUGACAGGCAGUAUAAAAACUUUUAACUGUAUUUAA